UUUGUUUUUCCUUUAUUUUUUCUGUGAUUAGAUAACCGAGAGCUACGGAGAUUGAAAGAGAAGCGAAGCGAGGCGCUUCAAUUUGGCUGCGGAAUCGUCCUUCUUCCACCAUAGACGACGCAAUUUCUCCUUCUGCUUCGAACGUUAUUCCUCCUUGUUGUGGAGUGACAUCAAUUGUUCUGUCGGCAUCGAUUCCACGUUUGGUUUUUUUUUUCAAGGUCGCGAAACAGCUAGAAAACCAUUGGCUUGAUGCUCCAGAAGCUACCAGCGGUUUCUACUUGUGUUUGGGAUCCAUCUCGAAUGGGUCUCUUCAUUGGUAAUUUGGAGUUUACGACCCCGCAGCUGUCUGCACUAAGAUCACUUACUCCUCGAGUAAAGUUUGCGCAUAAAUUGUUGUCCGAAAAAGUGCCAACAUCGCUAAGGACUUUAUCCUAUACCAGUCAGGAAUAUGGAAAAGAUCCUAUUUCGAGGAAACGAGAAGUGUAUCGCCAGAAUGUGGAUCUUCCAACCGUAUUGCCUAAAAACAAAAAGAAACCCUAUCCUAUUCCUCUAAAGAAAAUCAAGCAGGCUGCUAAAGCUGACAAAGAGCUUGCACAAAAGGGUAUAGAGAAACCGCUUGAACCUGGGAAAAAUGGGUUACUUGUCCCAGAUUUGAUACCUGUUGCCCAUCAAGUACUGGAUGCCUGGAAAAUUUUGAUUAAGGGCCUUUCACAACUUUUACAUGUUAUUCCAGUAUAUGCUUGCAGGGAAUGUUCAGAAGUUCAUGUAGCCCAGUCAGGCCACCGUAUUCAAGACUGUCUUGGUUCUACCAGUGCAAUCCGUCGAAGCUUCCACUUAUGGGUCACAGGUUCUAUCAAUGAUGUCUUAGUCCCCAUUGAGUCAUACCAUCUCUAUGAUCCUUUCGGUCGGCGCAUUAUGCAUGAAACACGAUUUGAAUAUGAUAGAAUUCCAGCUGUUGUAGAGCUCUGCAUCCAGGCUGGUGUGGAUAUACCAGAGUACCCUUCACGUAGAAGAACUAAACCCAUCCGGAUGAUUGGAAAGAAGGUGAUUGAUCGAGGUGGAAAUAUCGAGGAGCCUAAGCCCUGGAAAUCUGUUGAUUCCUAUCCCCUUCUUGAUUUCGAUACACAAGGAGCUUCUCAACGAUUUGCACCUCCUCUACCAUUAGAUGUCCCUAGAAUUGCUCAAGAAACAAUCGAGGCAUAUGAAACUGUUAGAUCUGGUGUAAGGAUGUUGAUGAGGAAGUAUACAGUGAAGGCAUGUGGGUACUGCUCAGAGAUUCAUGUGGGACCAUGGGGCCAUAAUGCUAAGCUAUGUGGAGAAUUUAAGCACCAAUGGAGGGAUGGAAAGCAUGGUUGGCAGGAUGCAACUUUAGACGAAGUAUUGCCUCCAAAUUAUGUUUGGCAUGUUCGUGAUCCAAAAGGCCCGCCAUUGAUGGGUACGUUAAAGAGGUUUUAUGGUAAAGCUCCUGCUGUGGUUGAAGUGUGCAUGCAGGCAGGUGCACAGAUUCCCAAGAAAUACUUGCCCAUGAUGAGGCUUGACAUAGUCCUUCCUGACAGUGAGGAGGCACGGUCUGUUGCAUAAUUGUGUUGGCCAAAGACAUGAAGGCUUCAUUCAUACAGGUCUAUCUAAGGCCUCUACAUUACAUCUUCAAUUUUCUUAAGUAAGAAAGGAAGAGAAAAUCUUAAAAACCCUGAAAGCAAAUACAGCCUAGAAUGCUACAUUGAGAGCAUUUAGAUAAGUAAGGAUAUUAGAUGUAUAUUAAAGUUUUACUUCAUUCCUAGUUAUAGUGUUUUCCUCGAGUCCAUACCAAUUAGGUUUUCUAAACCUUGAAAUAUUUGAAUACUUGAUAGAUGCUACAUUGACAUGGCGAAUGAGUUUGGCAUUCAAUGAUUAGCAGACAUCGAGAUCUUUGAAAGGGGGUGGUCAUUCAUGUGUCCAAUAGGCUUCUUUUUACUAUAGAAUUGAUCUGAUUUUUAA